AUGCCCAUCGUGAACAUAUUGAAGCGAGCGUCCAGCUACAUUCUUGGCAGCGACGAUGACGCAGAAGAUGGUGCCAGCGAGCUGGUGUACGAGGAUAAUGAAAUAUUGUUCUGCAAGAACAACAUCUGCGUACAUCCGCCCGCCGUUGUACGGCAGGAGUCGGAUAUACUGCACUAUCCGGGCUACCUAACCGUCACCACGAAGACGUUCAUCGACCAGUACAACAAUGCCAAGCGUCCAACGCUGUUCCUCACCUGGAUCCCAAACUCGACGCUCCGCAAGUGUCCGUCGACGGUCGAAAACGUUGUGCUCGGUCGCAAUGCGAACGGUGGUGUCGGGUUGAGUGAAAGCAAGCUGAAACUACACCUGCAGCAUCUUGCCCCGAAAGAUAAUGCCGGCCCGGGUCAGAACCAGCAGACCAAGGGGAUCACAGCACAGCAGCAAGAGAAGGGUACCGUUGGGGAGAAUCCGUUUACAACGACAAUUAAGAUUGCCAACACGAAUCCGUUCCUCGAACCGUACAACGAAACAAUCGCCCAGUCGGCGACGAGCGACAGCAAGUCGAUGAACUGCUCCGACUAUUCGGAAACGAUCAGCAUCAGUUCGAACUCGGACAAGGCGAGUCUGUGCAACAGCAAUGAUUACGAUGGAAGAGAUGAAGAAGUGGUCGCGGAACCGGAAGAGGAUGGUGAGGAUGAUGUGGACGAAGGGUGCAUCAUUAGCUCGGAAACACAUCACUCCACCGGUGGACCGGACGAACUGGAGGGUGAUGACGCGGAGUUGAAGACGGAGUUGCAGCCCUUGCUCGAUGACGGCAGCAACAAGCUGUUGUCGACGGUCGGCUCGAAGCUGCACCACCAUCAUAAGUUACCGUCGCAAUCGUCCGUCACCUCGGUGAACAUUACGAUCGCGAGUCCGCACAUACAGAAUGUGGACAUUUCGCCACCGGAAGCGACACUUCCGGCGACCGAACGCUUCCUACGGUCGCUCUCGAUCACGUCCAGCGAUGAGAACAACCCGAACUGGAUGUCGCCGGAGCUGCUGGCGUACAAGCACAAUCUCGCCUUUCCGGAAAGUGCAUCCGCGUCACCGAUCGUUAGCCGGAAGGCGCCACUGAAAUGUCGCCGGUUUUCGGUCGACCUCAGCCAAAUGCGUGCGCUGCGGCUUUUCUUCAACGACGAACAGUGCACCUCCGGUCAGUUGGUUAUUGCGUCGCGCGAAUCGCAGUACAAGAUACUCCACUUCCACCACGGUGGGCUGGACCAUCUGGCACAGGUGUUGCACCAGUGGCACUGUCUGCUGCACAACAUCAAGCUCGCGCCGGGUCAGGACGAACCGGCAGUCAACUUACCGUACCGGCAGUUUAUGGUAUGCCGGCCGGAGGUACGGCUGGCCGAGCUACAUCCCGAGGAGGGCAAAGUGUCGAAGAUCACGACCGAUUACUUCUACGGCACGUUGCUGAACGAGCGCGGCCAAAUCGAGGACGAUCUGCAGCUGCGCAAGUGUGUGUUUUUCGGCGGGCUGGAUCGGAGCCUGCGCAAGACCGUUUGGCCAUUUCUGCUGCACUGCUACAGCACCGGAUCGACGUUCGAGGAUCGGGCCGCGUUGGCCGAGAUACGGCGCCAGGAGUACGAGGAGAUAACGCGGCGCCGGCUGUACUCGAUGUCGCCGGAAGCGCAGGCCCAGUUCUGGCGCACGGUGCAGUGCGUGAUUGAGAAGGACGUCGUGCGGACGGACCGUGGCAAUCCGUUCUUUGCCGGCGAUGAUAACCCGAACAUCGACACGAUGAAAAACAUUCUGCUAAACUACGCGUUCUACAAUCCCGGCAUGUCGUACACACAAGGAAUGAGUGACCUACUGGCACCGGUGCUGUGUGAGAUAAAAAGUGAAUCCGAAACAUUCUGGUGCUUCGUGGGGUUAAUGCAGCGGGCCAUCUUUGUCUGUACGCCAACCGACAACGAUAUCGAUCGUAAUUUGUGUUAUCUAAGGGAAUUGAUUCGGCUUAUGGUUCCUACCUUCUACAAGCACCUGCAAAAGCACGCCGAUGCGAUGGAAUUGCUGUUUUGUCAUCGUUGGAUUUUGCUGUGCUUCAAGCGCGAAUUCACCGAAGCCGUUGCCAUACGCAUGUGGGAAGCCUGCUGGUCCAACUAUCUGACCGACUAUUUUCAUCUGUUCCUCUGCCUGGCGAUUAUUGCGGUGUACGCGGAUGAUGUGAUUGCUCAAGAUUUGCGCACGGACGAAAUGCUGCUUCAUUUUAGCUCGCUGGCGAUGUACAUGGAUGGACAGUUGAUACUGCGGAAGGCGCGUGGAUUGCUACAUCAGUUCCGGCAGUACCCGAAGAUUCCCUGCACACUGUCCGGGCUGUGUAAACGCUGCGGUCCCGGUAUGUGGGACUCUGGACAUCAUCCGUCAAUCGAGUGCAUUGGUCAUCUGGAUCACGAAACCUGCGCGUUGGCUAUGGAUUAA